UACCAAGGGCCCACUGUAUUUUUUUUUCUUUCCCACAUGUGGUUAAUGUUUGUCAAUUGUUUUUUGUAAUUUAAACACUAAGUAUUGUAUGAAAAAUUUAAAAAAAUUAUUAACAUGAAGGAAGUUAGGAGUUGGCAGCUAUAACAUAACUCUAUAAUUGAAACUUUAAUUAGGAAGGCCCCCAAAAUCGCUGUAGGACUUCAUUUUCAUAGGUCUCUUUCACACUUAAACUAUAAUAGCACUUUCAUUUACUGUGGCCCUGUCCUAUGCAAUCCUGAGAUUUGUAGUUGCCUGAGGUGUUCAAAAUUCUCGUUAGAGAGCUCUAGUGCCUCACCAAAUUACAAAUCCAAGGAUUUCAUACAAUAUACCCAUAGGACACUAUAAAACACCAUCAAGUUUUGUUCUUCAGAACUGGACAUGAAGCACUCACGUUUGCAAACACUUUUAUUCUCAUCAGAUGAAACGGAAGAACCUUGGCCAAAGAAACUUAAGAUAGACAGAAGUUAUGUGAGCUCAGAGAAGGAACAACGUGAAUUGCUAGAAAGAUUUUGCUAUGUAGAUAAGAAGCUAUCAAGCAAACCUCUCAGUUUUCCUGUAAUAUCUUGGAAUUUUAAUCAAAUUUGUUUUGAACCAGAGGCGAAAAACGAUAGAAAUUUAAUAACCAAUUUAAGACAAAGUACACUUGCGAAUGCCAGUUUGCAACCCAGAUUGGUAGGAAAUACAUCAUUCACUGAAAAAUGGACACUUGAAAGUAAAGAUGAUAAUAAUAUAAAGAAUGGGAGCUCUAAAAGUCAUAAUUCCUUGGACACAGAAUCGGAGUCCUGGGCUUUACUUGUUAAAGAAAGAGAGAAAUCAAUACAGAGUGGCAAUAUUUCAAAGGAGAAUGAAUUGCUAGCACUAAACUCAGUUUUUUACAAUGUCUUGCCAGGAAAUCUUAGUGCAAAAAUAGAAUCUUUGCCCACAGAAGGGUCAGAAUUUCAGAGUAAUGAAUAUGCUACAGGUUGUCACCAAGUAUACGAAAUUUUAAAGUCAAAUAAACAAGAUCAUAUUCCAAAAUCAAAUUCAGAUGCUCAAAACAAUAGUCAACUCCAGGGCCUGUGUUCACCAACUAUUCGUUUUAUCAAAGGAGAAAAGUCAGACCUUAGGUCUUUGCUCUGUGAAUAUAAAAGUGUCAUGAAUGCGAAUAGUAAUAUUUCAUCAUAUGAAAAGCAAGCGAAGUCCUCUGCAAAUCAUUAUUACAGAAGCAAAAAAGCAUUUCAGCACAUAUAUAUGCCUUAUUCAAGAAAAAGGAAGGUCAUAAAUCCCAUCUUAGUAAAAGAUGCUGCUUUUGAGUUAUUUUUACAAGAUAUGAGAAUAUAUAAUUAUAAUACAUCAGCUGAAAAUAACACCAAAAUAUUCAGCCAAAUAAUUGUACUUAACACCCAACAAAGAAAAAUAUCUAAUGAAAAAUGUACCAAAGAAUGUAUCCAGUUUUCCAGAGAUGCCAUGAAAGAUUUCAUCUUUUCAGUAGCUGGUAAUGAAGAAGAACAAAUAACAAACUUUAUACAUCCUAACCAGAUUUUACCAGAUAAUAAUUUUCUUAGCUCCACUUUAUGGGAGGAAAGCUUAUGCAAUCCUAAAAUAAUGUACAAUUUGACAGCAGAUGUUGGACUAUUUAAUUGUUUGGCUUCGUUCCCAAUCAUAAGUGAAAUAUUAAGUUGCAAACAUCCAGGUAUUCUCACGCUUGCUAUGGAAAUAUAUAGGCAAAAGGGAAAAGGAAAAACUUUCCAAGAAAACAGUAUUUUAAAAGGAUAUAAUAGGCAUGAGAAUGGAGGAUUCAGAAAUAUUAAUUUUAUAAGCAGGUGCAAAUAUGUUCCAAACUAUACAGGAAUGUAUAAGAUGAACAAAGAUAGGUAUGAUAUUUGUGAGGAAAGCCAAGAAACUCCUUGUGAUAUUGUUGAUAAGCAACCCCAUUUUUCUUAUUCUGAUACCUUCCAAAAAAUUUGCCUCAGUGAAGAGGAAGCUGAUGAAAUAUAUUUUAUAGGCAAUAUAAUAGUUCAUGCUGAAAAGAAUGAAAAAUAUAACAAUGUAUACACAGCCACUGAUCAAAGAAUCACUGACAGUGGUUCUUGUAUAUGGACUCACAUUUGUGUUCCUUCCCAAUUAUUUACAAUGCAGAAUUCUUGGUUAGAAGAAGGGAUCAAAGGUGGAAGGUUUCAUGGUCCCAAAGCUAUAAGCCAGUUUCCUCAUCAUGAAAUCAACAAUGUUUCCUUCCCAAUCAUUAGCCUUAAUUCUAGAAAUACAUUUAAUUUUUUCUCGAAGGUUCAACAGUAUCUUACUUCGGCUAAAUCUCACCGUCUCCUAGAUCAAAAUAUAGUCAAUGUCAAAGGAUGGCACAGCGAGAUUGCCAUCCAUGGACAAAGAGGAAAACCAAACGGCUUUGCAUUUGGAAAAAUUAAAGAUGUUAUAGAAUACCAGUUUUCAUGUAGCUCUAUAUUAUAUAAUAGUUUGAAGCAUAAUGUUGAAGAUGUAGAAAGUGUGAACUUAUACCUUCAGAAAGGUAUUUUACUAAGUAACCCACACAAUUCAGAGGAAAUCUCUGAAAAGCAAAAUGCUGAAGAUGCAGAUAAGAUUGAAAAGGGAAAUAUUGAGCAGAGCCAGGCAAGAAAAAGUAGUCAGCCUCAGAAUCUAUCUGUGCCAUAUUUGAAAGACAAAUCAACAAAAUCUGUUGGUUUUAAUGACAUGGUACUUUCAAAUACCAUGAAACAACAACAUUUUGAUGAUGCAAAAGAAGAGCAUCUUUCUUUGAACACACAACUGGUUAAUAAGAGGUAUGAAUUUGAAAUGAAGGACCAUUUUGAUCUGGUGCUGAAAGAACUUCACAUUUUUAAUGAGAUUAGUAAGGAAAAUGAAAAUAACCUUGCGUGUGGAGAAAGGGAUGAAAUGAAUAAAGAAAACAGUAAGAAAAGUGAAAACAGUUUCACAUUUCCAGAAGGAGGGAUGAUUGAGAAAGACCCCCUUGUGCCAAGUCAUUGUGAGAUGCUAGAUGCAGAUUCCAAAACCUUUUGCCAAAAUAAAGUAAAUGCCUCCUCUUCCGUUCCUGGUAUUCCUAUGAAUAAUGCUGCGGUGCAUCAAAAUAAGAAUGAACAACAUCCAUUUAACAACAGAGUGCUAGAAAGACCUGGGGAGCAGGAAGUGCCUCUUGAGUUUUCUCUUUCAAGUACAUCAGAUGAAGAAUUAUUCUAUCCACCCCCUGAAGAACAUUGCAGUUCUUGGUGUAAACAGCCUCCCAUUUGGAAGCCAGCAUUUGUCCCUCAUUCAUUUACAGAAGAAAGAAGUUUCAGCUUCAAAACAGAACAAGGAAAAUGUUUUCUUGAUGGGAUUAUAAGAGUACAACCUCUUCAAACGUGUCAUCGUCCUUUAAGAGUCGGAUUGUCAAGGAGAGCUAAGCCUAGACAGCUCCAUCCAUAUCUGAGAUAGUUCAGUAUAUCCCCCCUUUUUUAAACAAAAUCUUUAUUCACCUGAAACUUUUAAUACUUUUAGUACUGUUCUAUUUUAAAAAAUAUUAUUAACAUUUUGGCGUUUACGUUUUUGACUAUUUCAACUACUGCAAGAAGCUGUACUAAGGUAUUCCCUAUGAGUUUUUCAUCUGUUGAUUUUCAAUUAAACAUUUACUGAUAAACGUGUUCCGUUAGACCGUACUUUAAUGUUUUUGUAUGUAAUAAUGUUAAAAUACAUGUGCAUAAUGUUCUCUAUGCCGUUUUAAACACGUUACAAAACUAUAAUAGCAUUUACCAUUAUGUCAUAAAAAGUCAUUAAACAGGUUGCCAUGAUGCUUGCAAGUUUAAAAAAAUGUUACACUUAGAAUACUUCAGUCAAUAAAGAUUUAAAUUUACAGUC